ACCACAACAGACGCAAAUGUUUUACUUUUGACGAGCCGCUCGCGUCCAGUGGACAGUGUUCAGUUCAGGGUGGAAUUCAAAACGGCACGUUUAUAAAUGCCAUAACCGAGCGGUCACCUACUUAAUAUACCGCUGCAGUAGACAGUUUUUUUCUUUCUUUCUUUUUUUCUUUUUCUUUUUAUAUUUUUUUUAAUAAUUUUUGCCCGAAUGUGGAGUUAGCAGAAGGCUGUGCUGCAAUAGCUUGAUAUCGAACAGCAUGAUGUGCGUCUUAAGAAGAGUUGCAAAGCAAUGAUGUCAUAGUUUUAAGUAGGAGCCAUGGGAGAGCAUAUGGUUCGUACCCGCCACCGAAAGGAAGUGUUGCUUUGUUAUGAGCAGGCGGCGCUGUAGCUGGCGGAAGAGGAGGUCGCCCAGCCCAGUGUCUCUUCGACUGGAAUAGAGAACCCGAGGAGAAGACGCGAAAACGGUGAGAAGACAAAGCUGCUACAAUGGCCGCGAAAUCCGACGGGGUGCUAAAGAUGAAGAAGAGCGAUGUAGCAUUUACGCCUUUGCAGAAUUCGGAUCACUCGGGAUCGGUUCAAGGGCUAGCUCCGGGAUCGCAGCCGGAUUCUGGAACCGGAGAGGCGGACUUCGUCAACGGGGAGUCGCGGUGCUGUGGCUCAAAUUCGACCUGUCUCCGCCUCGACAGGGAGCAGCAGAAAUACAUGGUCUGGGACUGUCUGUGGAUCCUCGCCGCAGUGACGGUGUAUUUCGCGGAUGUGGGCACUGAUAUUUGGCUCUCGGUCGACUAUUACCUCCGCCGCGACUACUGGUGGUUCGGGCUUACGCUGUUUUUUGUGGUGCUCGGCUCGUUCUCCGUGCAGGUCUUCAGUUUCCGUUGGUUCGUCCAUGAUUUCAGCACCGAGGAGAGCUCCGGCGGCGGUGGCGACGGCAGCGCGGCGAACUGCUCCCACAUGGACGGGAAGCUGCUCAGCUGCUCCGCUUCGCACGGAGACGUUGGAGCCCACCCGACUACGCCUCAGAGACAGGCGUCCACAGCGAGCAAGAGCAACACCACAAGUAACAGCAGCAACAGCGCUACCGCAGCCCGGACUAGUAAGACACGCUCAGCGUCCUGUUCCCUCUGUAUCUGGAUAUUGCAGUCCGUCAUUCACAUCUUACAGCUCGGACAAAUCUGGAGGUGGUGUCACAUGGUGUAUGGUGACAGGAAUGAAGCUGACACAGUUGUGCAGUUGUGUGCUCUCAGACAGGGAGGAUUGUUGAGACAUGCGCUGCACGUGGCACUGUGCAAAAGGUUCACAAGUCUGGGGACAUCUCACAAAGCAAAGCAAUUUAAAAAUAGCACGCUUUGCUAGUUAAGUUCUUGAUAUUCGACAAAGGAAAUAUAUCAGGCUGAGAGCUAGAAUUGGAGUUUGAUUGUGCAAGGUGAAGGUGUCAUAUAGUGAUAUAUACAUAUUUAUGUAUUUCCAUACUAAUGUAAAGAGAAAAUCCUAACAGUGGGAAUGAGCCUUUUGAGUGUUGCUUAAAAGUAGUUAAAAGUGCUUAUAUAUGACCUUUAAUUCAAAGGAAUAUACCUGCAUGCAUAAAUAGAUUUCAGGUCAACAAAAUUGCACGUUUUUGUUGUGUUGUUGCUG